CAUGUUUGCGCCUGCCCUAAAUUGACCACCAGGCGUAAGCCUGACAUCUCCAACCACACUCAUCUGCUGCCAGCUCAAAAUUUCUUCUUCAACCACUCCUUUCACUCACUCAGUGAUCUACCUCAAGUAUAAUGGCAACUACGCAGCACUAUCUCUGGGCGGGUGGACACUUCUUGCUCCUUCUCUCAGGGUUUCGUUAUCUUUUAGCAUGGAUCAUGUUCAAGAGCGUCUCGUCCUGGUGGUACAAGGCUAGCUUCCUUGGCGCCCUAAUGUCCUAUUUCAUUGUUUGCCAGAAGGCGCUUGGUACUCCCCAGCCGAGCAUGGCGUAUGUCAGACGGGCCCUCGCGGAUGAGAACGUGCAAUACUUUUUGUUGGCUAUCUUCUGGUGGACUUCCAGGCCGAUCACCUUCGCAUUGUUACCUUACUUUGUGUUUUCCCUUUUCCAUGCGCUGACGUUCACUCGUACGACCUUGAUGCCUCAAUUCUUGCCUCCUGGUCCACCGCUCGCUGCUGGAGGCCCACCUCAACCUCAUCCCCUGGCGAAGAAGCUCCACCUUUGGGUCAAGGCCAACUAUGACACUGCCAUGCGCGUCGUGGCCAUUACCGAACUCGUCAUCUUUGCGCGUGUUGUUUUUGGCGCGCUUUUGUUCCGCAACUCGCUCAUGAUGCCACUGGUCUUUGCCAACUUCCUCCAUCAGCGUUACUUCCACUCGCAAUUCACGCGUGAUGCAGUUACGCUUGCGGACAAACGUAUCACGGAUCUCUCGAAUCACCCUUCGCUUCCACCAGUGGUGGGUCAAGUGUGGAUGCGCGCGAGAGAGCUGGUUGCCAGGUGGGGCGGCAGUGCCGUCAUUGAGCCUGCUGCUGCCAGGAGGGAUUAGUGAUGAGGACGUGAACGUGGAUGAGAAAUGUUGGGUUUUUGGGAAAGGACAUGUGGAAGCUCGUCGAGGCAUUUCCCAUUUACUACACAUAUGCAAUGGCUCUCUAUCGUCUUUUUUGCACUAACGUAUAA